GUCCGGGAUCAAAGAAAAUGAUAAUACUGAAAUUCCCGAUAAUUUAAUACCGAAAAUGUUCGAGGAGAGUUAUUUUCUUUGUAAGGUUCUACACGAGAAAAAUGGUGAAGACGGUGAACCGAGUAAGUCUAUGCCAUAUCUAAAAACAAAUAAUCAUGAUGAUGAAGUCAGUAUACGUGAUUUUCAAAUGACAGAUGCAAAUAAAGGGUCACACAAGCAAGAUGCCUACCGAAAGAUCGAAAACAGGGAACCGUGA